CUUUACUAAACACUCCCUCCUGUUUCAUCUUCCGUUCAUGCAGAGUUCUGUCUUCAAGUACGUCCGAUUGCUUUUAUUCGACCAGCAAUAUUUCUGGAUUACUGCAUCUCUCGUUGUUCUCGGAGAUGCCAUCCUCACUCAACUCAUAAUUCGGUUCGUUCCCUAUACGGAAAUCGAUUGGGAAACGUACAUGGUCCACAUUGACCUUUACCUCAAAGGAGAGCGCAACUAUGUUAAUAUCACAGGACCGACCGGUCCUUUAGUCUAUCCGGCUGGACAUGUUCACAUUCAUCGCCUUCUUCAUUUCAUCACAGACGCUGGCCGCAAUGUUGCACAGGCCCAACAAAUUUACGGCGGCCUAUACAUACUAUCCAUCGCCCUCGUAUGCAUGAUAUAUAAGAAAGCAAAGGUUCCAAAUUGGACAGUUCUGCUGCUACCGCUCAGCAAAAGGCUGCACUCUGUCUUCGUUCUCCGCCUAUUUAAUGACUGCUGGUCAUUAAUCUUUGUGCAAGCAGCGAUUCUCGCAUUCCAGAGCGCUUGGGAUGACGUGGGCAUCUUGUUAUUCAGCCUCGCUCUAUCCGUAAAAAUGUCGGCCAUAUUGUAUCUGCCCGGUCUACUAGUCAUUCUCUUCAAACGACACGGCCUCUUUGCGACCAUCCGUCACAUGCUCGUCUUGGCGUGCACUCAGACUCUUCUUGCGCGCUCUUUCCUCAUUGCGAAUGCAAAGUCCUACCUGCAGAAUGCAUUUGAUUUGUCACGCGUUUUCCUUUAUAAGUGGACCGUAAAUUGGCGUUUUGUUAAUGAACGUGUAUUUUUGAGUCCCGCAUGGGCGAAAGGCUUACUUUUGGGUCACGUUACGGUGUUGAUUGCCUUUGGAUUAUUCCGAUGGUGUCGUGGCGAUGGUGGGGUAGCUAGGAUUCUGCAGAGAGGCAUCCGGCGACCCGGUCGGCCUGCUGGUUUAGCGCCUGUAGAUCCUGACUAUGUUGCUACUGUGCUUAUGACAUCCAAUCUCAUCGGCAUCAUUUUUGCACGAUCACUGCACUACCAAUUCUACUCGUGGUAUUCGCAGCAAUUGCCUCUCCUUACUCAAAGAACGACGUUUCCUUUUAUCAUGCAAAUGGCACUCAUAGGCGUCGUCGAAUAUGCCUGGAAUGUUUAUCCAUCCACACCACUUUCAUCUGGCCUUCUCCUCGCAGCAAAUUCCUUGAUGCUACUUGGGAUUUGGUUUGGAUACCCGGAAGGGAAGAUGUUUUCGAGACGUUCCAGUGGCCACUCCAGUCAAUCUUCCCAAAAAUAAUUAUCCCUACAGUAAUAGUGGUACAUUCAUUCGUUGUCGCUUCCCAUACCUACAAUAUACGUACUUCUGCCACCU